AUGCAAUGUUAUCUUCGCGCCAAUCAGCAAGAUGAAUUUUCUGGAUCAAAAGCUCACCAGUAUUUAUCAAGUCCCAGAAACCAAAGAAUAGAGUGCUACUGGUCUUCACUAAGAAAGCUACGUUCUAGCUGGUGGAUCGAUUUUUUUGCUGACCUUUUGCAGUCAGGUAUUCUUGACAUGACAAACGACAUCCAUAAAGAGGCACUAUGGUUCUGUUUUGCAGAUGUUUUUCAAACAGAUCUAGACAAAGCAAAACAGCACUGGAAUUCACAUAGGAUAAGGAAAUCCCAUGAAACGACCGUACCUGGCGUUCCAGAUAUUCUCUAUUUCCUCCCUGAACAAUCAGGAGGAGACAGGCAAGACUGCCUAGCACAAGUUCCACUAUGCAAGUUAGAAGAAGUAGAACAACAAAUUCUGGGGGGGUCAAGAGAAGAGGAAACAGAUGAG